GAGGACUUUCUUUUUACUUAAGGGAGGCUCCCCGAAGGAGCGGCGUACCUCUGUUCCCGAAAAUCGCAUGUCCAAUGGUGUGGUACUUUCGUGGUACUCUUUCGGUGCCGUGCUCGAUUGUUUAGUGGCCAUCUUUCUUUUCGAGCUUCGGAAGGGAGCCACGUGCUAGGCAUCCGGAGAAAAUUUGAAAAAGAUGCCGGAACUUCGGAAGAAUCCUCGUCGUAAGACGAGACGUCUCCGUGGCCACGUUUCACAUGGACAUGGUCGUAUCGGCAAGCACAGGAAGCACCCCGGAGGUCGCGGAAACGCUGGUGGACAACAUCACCACAGAAUCAUGUUCGACAAAUACCAUCCCGGAUAUUUCGGGAAGGUCGGCAUGAGGAACUUCCAUGUUCGCAAGAACCACUACUACCAACCGACGAUCAAUGUUGAUCUCCUGUGGUCCUUGGUCGAGCGAAAGACGAAGGAAACCCUCCUGGACUCGGCCAAGAACAAGGAUAAGAAAGCCCCUGUCAUCGACGUUGUACAACACGGCUUCUUCAAGGUUCUCGGCAAGGGUUUCUUGCCCCAGAGCCCGGUGAUCGUGAAGGCGAGAUGGUUCUCGAAGCGAGCCGAACAGAAAAUUAAGGAGGCAGGAGGUGCCUGCAUUCUCACCGCCUAAAUAAAAGCCUGGUGGUUU